CUUAAACGACGAAAAAAGAUAAGGUUAUUAGUUUACCUUCUUUUACCUCCAUUCGUGUUGUGUUUUGUUUCUGUACUUACUUACAAAUUAGUGAUACACAUUGUCAUGUCCUCAAAAAAGUUUGUGGUCACAGCCACUAGAAAAUCGGUCGAGUGUGAGUUGGAUGAAUUCCCUCAUGAUCGAUGUAAUGCGAGUCCCACAAAGAUGUUACAUAUAUGUAAACCGUCCUGACCAAGAGUUUGUAUAGUAUAUAAUAUACAUGUGUAUACCACAUGGGGGAGAGGGAGACCGAGACAUAGUUACAUCAGGCAGAUCAAGGAAGGAGUUGGUGUCGUGUCGUAUCAAGAGGUGAAGAGACUCGCUGAAAAUCGUAGUGACUGGCAAGAGCUCCACCGACAAGAGCGCAGCUCUUAAAUGGAUAGAUAGAUAGAUACCACAUGGGCUACGCUGUGGCGUGAACCCUAAUAAAUUAAUAAACCUGUAAAACAUUAGUUUAUUCAAGUUUUUUUUAAUGGAUGAUAAUGGCCUGCGUUAACUAUAUAUACUGACGGGGCACCAGUGAGGAAUGAUAGGUGAGAAUGAAAAAGCAGGUCAGUUAGCCCAUCAUGAUGAAUACAUCUGGAAUUCAGCAUGAUGGUUUCCAGGGGGAACCACGUGGAGGUCACCCUGACAGGGUAUAGCUAGCAUUGCUAGCAAUGGGACUGGUAGUCCACAUUACUAAUAAUUCCUUCCCUCCUCAAUUCAAGUUUGGUUUCCUAUGUUUACAAACGGUACAAAAAAAAAAACUAUUAACGUCAGCGCCACGGCCCGCUACGCCACUAAAAGGCGUCAAGUCUAUUAGGGUUGUGAGCCUGCCCAUCGUGCCCAAAACGGUAGAUCCGCGCUUGGUGAUACAAUGUAGUCUCUCUGUCUCACACGAAUAACAGGUUGAUAGACAUACGAGGUAUGCUCACGAUCCAAGAUUGGCAGCGAUUAUUACUUUCCAUCAGAUUCUAAACAAUGUCUUUACCAAAUGUCUUCGAUAAGUCAGAGAAUUACUUCGAGGAAUGUCUUACGUUCUUCAAUGAAUACCAGUACUUAUACAGCUGCGCCAAUACGGAUAUUCUCGUGAAUAAUAUAUUAGAAGAAAUACAAGUCGAGAAUUUGGACGAUCUAGAUGUUUUCGAUAAGAAAUUCAACUUAAAAGAUAGUGAAGGUGUAUUUCUUAAUAAGUUUUUCAACAAACUUGAAAGACUCAGUGUUGCACACAACACUUUCAUAGACGAUUCCUCUUUGUCAGAAACUAUAGAUGCUCCAUUAAGUCCCAAAAAGAAACAUGAGAUAAUAUACCUGGCGAAGGAAAUAAGAGAUGUUUGUGAAGAGAGUGGAUGCGAUACGAUUGUCGAUUUUGGCUCAGGAUUGGGAUAUCUCGAUCAACGACUAUUUGACAUUUCCAACUACAAAAUAUUGGGCAUAGAAUGUAACGAGGGACAUUAUGUAAACGCUAAAAAACGGCAAAGAAAAUACCACGAGAACUCGACAAAAAGAGUUAAAUACAUAAAACAUACAAUAAAUGAUGAUUCUCACACAAAUAUACAAGAGUAUUUACAAGAUAAAUUCUAUAAGUGUGGGGCAUUUUGUAUUACGGGUCUUCAUGCUUGCGCGGAUUUGACUGUAACCGCCAUUAAUUUGUUUUUAAAGAUGGCGGACGCUAAGUCUAUGGUUUUAAUGUCGUGUUGUUAUCAUUUAAUGUUGAGAAAUAAUGGUAGAUUUAGAAAUUUUCCUUUAUCAAAUUCAUUGAGAGUUAUAUUCGAAGAAAGAGUAAGUUAUCAGUACAUAAGUGUGCCGUUCUUAAGGUUGGGAGCCCAGCCGCCGCAUUUCGACGAUAAUUUGGAAGAAAUGGUAUUUAACCUUCUGGCAAGAUCUGCAUUACAGCUUUACGCCAAUACACAUAACUGCCAAUUAAGAAGAAAUAAAAGAAAAGCCGUUAAAAUGAAAUCUGUAGAUAAAAAUUUUGAAACAUACAUCCAAGAUGCUUCGGAGGGAUAUACUUUGAUACCAAACACAUGUUCAGAUAACGAAAAUGAUGAUAAAAACCCGGAAUCUGCAAAACAAUUUGAUUUCGAGAAACUACGAGAAAUUUGGCGCCAAAAUUGUUCAGAUGUGACAUUUAAAAAGGCCGCCAUUUUUGUGUUGUUACAAAAGUAUUUGCAGCCAGUAUUAGAAAAUUUCAUUUUGUACGACAGACUUGUAUAUUUGAAAGAAAAAGGAUUGAUGAAUUGUAAAUUUAAAAAGAUUUUCAAUGAAAAGGACCUGCCCUCUUCCCAUUUAGUGUUGGCCUCCUUCCUCUAUGUAUGUGAGAAAUUCUCACAUAGAUAUUUGCCCAAGACAUGUUAUAUAGUGCUGUGGAACAGGUAA